AUGAAGAAGGAGGUGUGCUCCGCAGCCUUCCUCAAGGCGGUGUUCGCAGAGUUCCUGGCCACCCUCAUCUUCGUCUUCUUCGGCCUCGGCUCGGCCCUCAAGUGGCCGUCGGCAAUGCCCAGCGUCCUGCAGAUCUCGCUGGCCUUCGGCCUGGCCAUAGGUACCAUGGCCCAGGCCCUGGGGCCCGUGAGCGGUGGCCAUAUGAACCCCGCCAUCACGCUGGCCCUCCUGGUCGGUAACCAGAUCUCCCUGCUCCGGGCGGUCUUCUACCUGGUGGCCCAGCUGGUGGGCGCCAUUGCUGGCGCCGCAAUCCUCUAUGGGCUGGCCCCGUACAAUGCCCGAGGCAAUCUGGCUGUCAAUGCGCUCAACAACAACACGACUGCGGGCCAGGCUGUGGUGGCGGAAAUGAUUCUGACCUUCCAGCUGGCACUCUGCGUCUUCUCUUCCACUGACUCCCGCCGCACCAGCCCUGUGGGCUCCCCAGCCCUGUCCAUUGGCCUGUCCGUCACACUGGGCCACCUAGUGGGGAUCUACUUCACGGGCUGCUCCAUGAACCCGGCCCGAUCUUUCGGUCCCGCAGUGAUCAUGAGUCGGUUCAGCUCCGCACACUGGGUGUUCUGGGUGGGGCCCAUCGUGGGGGCUGCCACGGCUGCCAUCAUCUACUUCUACCUGCUCUUCCCCCACUCCCUGAGCCUGAGCGAUCGUGUGGCCAUCCUCAAGGGCACGUAUGAGCCGGACGAGGACUGGGAGGAGAGCCAAGAGGAGCGGAAGAAGACCAUGGAGCUGACUGCCCACUGA